GCUCAGAAACCAGCCACCAUGGGGAGUUAAGGGGGCAGUCGACGGGUCAUUUUCGUUAAUAUUUAAUAUCAGAAAGCUUUCCAUAUGCUGCGUUUUGGAGCACACAGUUCGCGCCAGUAUCCCCAAUGCAGCGGAUUACGGGGAUCGGGCUUUCAGAGACGGGUGAAUUGUUUGCCAGCAAAAUCAUUGCCAGAGGGGAAGAUCUGACCUCUGCUUUGUGCAAUCAGAGACAUGAGUGUUGUCAGAGAAUUACAUGGGAUUGGGUACAGGGGCGGUGGUGGGGUUGUGGCCUCUCUGAGCGGCCCUACCCACUUUACAGAGGAUGCUCCACGACCCCCAGUUCCUGGUGAGGAGGGAUCUGAUGUGGACCACCCUGUCCAGUCAGCCAACACCCGUCCAAACACCCUUUCCCAAACCCUCGGCUAUCCCCCGUCAUCUUCGUCAUCUAAAAUGGGGGAUCCAUCAAGCUACACACCCUCCUCGUCAUCUGCAACCCCACGGCGGCCAGAUCUGGACCUGGGGUAUGAACCUGAGGGCUCAGCUUCACCAACUCCACCUUACCUGAAGUGGGCAGAGUCGCUUCACUCUCUCUUAGACGACCAAGAAGGCAUCCAGCUGUUCCGCAACUUCCUGUGCCAGGAAGGGUGUGCAGACCUUCUCGACUUCUGGUUUGCUUGCUCGGGGUUCAGGAAGACCAGCCAGGAGAAGAGGGCAAAGCUGGCCAAGGCCAUCUACAGGAAGUACAUUGUAGACGGAAGUGGGAUUGUCUCCAGGCAGAUCAAAACAGCCACCAAGAGCUUCAUCAGAGACUGUGUUGGGAGGCCGCAUCCAGACCCUGCAAUGUUUGAACAGGCCCAGACAGAGAUCCAGGGCAUGAUGGAGGAGAACACAUACCCUUUGUUCCUGAAGUCAGAUCUGUACCUGGAGUACACGCGGACAGGUGGAGAGAGCCCCAAGCCUAACCCCAGUGAUCAGAGCCCUUCAUCGGGGCCAGCCAAACCUGUGCCUGGGUACUUACCCACACUCGCUGAGGAUGAGGAGUGGAGGUGUGGAGGAGGAGGAGUGAGGGAGGUAGAGGAAGAGAAGGAUGAGGAGGAGUGUGGAGACACACCAGCUGGUAGGCUGACUCACAGCCUGCUGAUGCAGACAGCACCGCAGAGAUCCUCGGCCAGCAGGAGGAGGCCGGAUAGCAGGGAGUACAGGCCAUGGAGGGAGCCGGUAAACCCAUACUACGCAAACAUGGGCUACGCUCGUGCUCCAGCAACCAGUGCCAAUGACAGUGAGCAACAGAGCAUGUCGAGCGAUGCAGACACACUGUCACUGACCGACAGCAGUGUAGAUGGUAUUCCUCCAUACAGAUAUCGGAAGCAGCAUCGUAAGGAGAUGCAUGAAAGUGCCAAAGCCAAUGGACGCGUGCCCCUACCUCAUAUACCUCGCACGUACCGCAUGCCAAAGGACAUCCACGUAGAACCUGAGAGGUUUGCAGCGGAGCUAAUCAGCAGGCUGGAGACAGUUCUCAGAGAGAGAGAGGCUCAGGAAAGACUCGAAGAGAGGCUGAAGAGAGUACGACUGGAAGAAGAGGGUGAUGAUGCUGAUAUCUCCGUGACAACCUCCAUGUCUUCUCAUAGCAUACCACUCCCCCUCCCCUCAUCGUUUCCACCUCUUUACGGCGCCCGCUAUUCAGAGACCACUGCUAACACGGCAACAGUCGCCACUUACGGUGGCCUGGUUGCCAUGGAGGAUUCCCAUGACGACGACCCGGAAUCUAUUUUGGAUGAGCACGUACAGCGCGUGAUGAAAACGCCAGGCUGCCAAUCGCCAGGGGCAACCAACAGCACCUUAGGAGGAGGGGGUCGACACACUCCUCCCAAAUCAUCACGUUCACCUGACGGGGGGAUUGGACCGCCUCACUACCCCCCACACCGAGGGGGAGGUCACAGUCUUCCUCCUGCGGGGGUCAAAGGUAUGCAUCACCACAAGCAGCUGUAUCACCACCGAGGAAGAGAAGGGCAGGAGGAGGUGGGCUCUAGGUCUCAGGCCAACUUCAUGUGGAACGGAGACCCGGCAAACCAGUACGCAGGGAGAAGUCGUAACUACGCCGACGGGGCUGGAGCCAGCACACUUGAGGGCAUGGGUUACAGUAGUAAAGGUAGCACGCUAUCACGGCGAGGGUGUAAGAAGACAUCAGAGACGUCAGGCAAAGGGGAUGAGAGUGGGCGUGGCGUGGAGGGCCAGGUACCACUGGAGGAUCUGGAGAGAAACCAGAAGAUCCUACAGUGGAUGAUGGAGGGAGACAGACAAAGAAAGACCUCACAUGGCGGCAGCACCAGUAGCUCCAGGAGGACGGGAACCAGCAGCGAGUCACCGCGUCCUACAUCAGUGGAGCGGCCCGGAGCCGUGCACCCCUGGGUCUCUGCCCAGCUGCGGAACAACCCCUCCUCAGUGUCCCCCGCCAUCCCCUGCUCGUCGUCCACCCAGGUCCAGCCCUCGCACCCUUUCAUCCAGGACCCAGCUAUGCCUCCAAACCCAGCUCCCAACCCCCUCACCCAGCUAGAGGAGGCUAGGAGGAGACUGGAGGAGGAGAGAAGGAGGAACGCACUACAGCAGGCCAAGCAGAGGCACAAGUCCGGUAAGCGCCAAGCGUGUGAGAACAUGACGGUCGCUUACUACUUUUGUGGAGAACCAAUCCCAUACCGAACAUCGGUUAAAGGCCGCGUGGUGACUUUGGGCCAGUUCAAGGAGCUGCUUACCAAAAAGGGCCAUUACAGGUUCUACUUUAAGAAAGUGAGCGACGAGUUUGACUGUGGUGUAGUGUUCGAAGAGGUUCGUGACGAUGACGCCAUCUUGCCCAUCUUUGAGGAGAAGAUCAUCGGGAAGGUGGAGAAGGUUGACUGAAAUUUGGGAACAGGAAGACGACACAGAAUUGGGGGGAAAAAAAGAUCAUUUGAACAAGGAGGAAGAGAACAUUGGGGUUGGAUAGAAAUUCAGCUGCGGGAAAACGAACAAAAGAAAGUGGAAAGAUGGAAGGAGCGAUGUGUGACAGAAGGGAGGUUGCGCUGCAUGGCAGAAGGUCGAGUAUUACGGAGGUGGUUGUUUUUAUGGACUACCUGGAUGUCGGCGUCAUGCCAGGAUCAAACCCACAUAAAGCGAAGAAGCUUGGCCAGCGCGGAGGAAAGGAACAUAAAUUAUUUCACCUGUCUUGUCUCCACUGUGGAUAUUCGAGGAGCGCUGUUAAAAUCUGAUGUCUGACCAGUCUUCCACUUCCACUGCGAUGGAUGGAAAAGGGUGAGGGGGGACUGCUGGAAGGAGAGAGGACAAAGUAGUCUUCCACUUCUGCUCUGGAGGAGUCUGUCCUCCGCAGACCAUUACGAUGCUGCUACAUUACCACGGAAACUCUUCAAUCGGUGCUCGGGACAUUAAAGAAAGCAGUUUUGUUCCAUUCGGGAGUCUCGCUGCCUUUUGCUGUCUCUGUUCCUCAUCAGCUGGUGACAAGGGGAGAGGACAGAGGAUUUGGGGGAGUGGAACUUUAGCCUGCUUCUCCUCUCGUUGACUUCAUAGCCUCAAAACAGAAACUUUCUCACCCGUUGAUUCCUAGAUGUCAUGUAGUGAUCUCUCACAUCAACAUGUUCAGAAGACAGUUCUCUACAUAACUUGUUUACCAAAGCUACAUAUUUUUGAUAAGACAAGUAUCCUAGCUACUUGUUUCAUUUUAUUUGAAUUGUGUAUGUACAAGGCAGGUACUAUUACUUAUUAAUGCAGCCUAAUUUCGUUAUAUCUCAACUUAAUGUUGUAUUAUUGUGUAUGUUUUGAAGCUAGUUCAUUAGUCAUUUCAGGGCAGCCUUUUCGUUUGUCUCCCCCCCCCCCCCCCCCCUCCUCCCAUAAUGCAUCCCUGCACCUCAGUUCUGUACUGUUUACCUUUGAGUGUGUAGUUCUGUUAUUCUGCGCCAUGCAUUGUAAUUACAGGCUUUUUUUUUUCCCCCCAUCCUCAGAAAUGAUCAUGAAAAGGCGCAGUGCACACUAAAGGUCUUUGACCACAGUAUCUGUUGUUUUUAACAGGUCACACCUCACGUAACGUCAUAUUUUUCUGCUACACUGAGAACUCAGUCUAGGUGCCUGCCUGCCCGGCCAGUGCCAUUAUUACUAUCUACAAUGCUUAUUCUGAAGCGCGUUGGUGAGCGUGAAAGCCUGUGUCAUGUACGCCUGAACUCAGCCAAAGAGCAUAUCGUGCGUCCCGUAUGCCUACACGCGUGUGUCUGUGCUGUCCGAGUCCACAAGCAUGAAAUGUACUUUUUUUUCAUCACAAGCAGAAGGGAAUCUUCUUCCUCUUGCAGAUUCCCAAACUCUAUACAUUGUAGCUUAACACUGAGUUCAAAAUCUGCAGUUUACCUUCAGAGAAUAGUAUGACAUUUUGGGAAUUGUUUCCUAUCUUUGCCAAAAGUUAGGUGACAACAUUGAUGCAUUUCUUAUGUCUUUACAGUAAAUAUAAAGCUGCAGCCAGCACUUGGUUAUCUAAGCUUAGCAUAAAGAAAAGAGAAAAUGUUAGCCUGCCUUUUUAUACAGACUAAACAAACUAAAGCUGCAACGACGGUUUAUUUCUAUUUAUUAAUCUGCCAAUUAACACAACUAAUUUAUUGGUAUAUAAAUUAUAAUCUGAGAUUUCUAUAAAUUGCUUGCAUUGUCCAAACAGCAGUUAAAAAGGCAGAUAUUUGCUUUACUUUAAAAAUAAUUUUAAAAAAGCAGCAAUGUCUGCACAAUUCAGAAACUGGAACUGGAGAAUAUUUGCCAUUUCUGUUUGAAAAAUAGUUAAUAACCAAAAUUGUUACAAGUUGGGUUUUUUUUGUCAAUUUAGGGUUCCGCGUUAAUGUUUUUAUUUUCGCUUGCCUAGUCAUAGAUCAGAAAUCUACUCACCCAAAGCCACUUUUACUUGCCCUUACAUAUUUUUUAAAUAUAUUUGCAGUUAUCAGAUAACAAAAAUGUAAGUUAAUUGUCAAGAAAAAUGGCCCUGUUAAAUCGGCGUUGCUCUCAAAUUUAGGGAUAAGUGUGCAAUACAUAAUAGGUUUUAGUUUUACUCACAUCCUCUAAUGCUACUCAAACUUCUGUUUACAGGAAAAUUGAAACGCUCGCUUGCGCUUGAGGUCAAAAACUUUGUCUUUACCUUGCUAUUUUUGCGCAGGUGCCUGAUUGGUACUGGGCAUGUGUAACUCUCAACAGAGACAAAAAGUAAGUGAGAAGACUCACUUCUUGUCUACUUCCACCAUCAGCUCCAGACAAAACAAAGUGUUUCAUUUAUUAUUUUACACUACCCAAUCGGGCGAGCGAGAUGCUAGAUUUCCUGAUCUGACGUGGAAUUUGACCUGACCCAAUCAAUCACGUAACCUUAUUGUCAAGCCUUGAAAUUUUCUAAGAAGCUGAUUUAACUUUCAGCUAUAAAACACACUAAAUGUGAAAGUUGAGCCUUCAAGGUGCUGGUUUGUGGGAUUUGUUAAUUUUGGACAGAACCAGGCUAGCUGUUUGGCUCUGUUUCCAGUCUUUAUGCUAAGCUAACUGGCUGUCACUUCAAACAUCAGAGUUGUAUCAGUGUAAAUCAGUGUGAAAUGAGCAUAUUUUCCCAAAUGUCAAACUAUUCCUUCAGACUUCAUAUCAACAGUACAGUACUGCAGUAAGGCCUUGAGGCCAGAAUAUCAUAAAGCAGCGUGCAGACAGUGCACUGACCACACACCAGCUAUGUAAGCUGAAUGUAAUUUGACUUUUUUACCUUUUUACCCACUAUGGGAAUCCCUUCAUUGCUCCUGUCAUCAAGUCUGUCUUCAGUAUUGAUCUCAAGCUGUUGGCCUGACUGUUGUGUGUUAUCUAUGCUGGUAGUUAAUUGAAUGUGUUCAUCAAAAAAGAGGUCCUUCCGUAUGUUUCGCAGGAAUGUCAAAUACAAUUUGUCCUGGGUUUCUGCCCAGCAAGGGAAACAUAGGAUCCUGAAACAUUUGUCCUCACUUCAACCCAUUAUGCCUUCAGUAUGAAAUUUUAAAUUUAGAUAUGUAUUUGUUUAUUAAAAAAAAUGUAAUUUUAAUAAUCACCAAGCAUGUUCUUUAUAAGGAAUGUUUUCCUGAUGAGUUGAAUUAUCUAUUUUGUUUUAAUGUUAUGUGCGAACUGCUACGGCCCUCUGACAUAUUUUAUCUGUUUUGUUAGAAAGAUCGCCCAGGGACAGUUGAAUGAGUUGUUUCUUGUGAUUGUGAUUCAAUGGACAAAACAAACAACUUGCGUCUGUUGUGUUGUCAAUUUGUGUGAAACACAGUGCCUUUAUCAUGUUAUCUUUGGAAAUAUCUUUAUUGAACCAAUCCAUGCUUUUAAUGUAAGAUUUUAUUUUAAGUCAGUCCCGUUGUAUUUUUAGCUGCAGUCAUGCUUGCUCACUUCUGUUCUGAUAGAUCCUCUGCUGUAAAUAUGUACAUUAUCAUUUCAUAUGUGUCUUCAGACCCGCACCACGUCCAUGGUGUUUCUGUUUUUCAAAGGUAAACGCCAAGAUGUCACUGUGCUGGUUCCACUUGUACAUUUCUUUUAAAAAGGUACUUCAUAAUAAAGAUGUUGAAUAAA